AUGCGCAUCCCCUCCUCCUCCAGGCGCGUCACGGCGGGGGUCAUCAGGGACCGCAACACACCUGAGGUUAUCCAAGAACCUCCUGCUCCAGAAACCCCAAACCUCCAGAACUUUCACAGUCCUUCAGAAACUGUCAGUCCACCAGAGAAAACCGUCCCACCAGAGACAGGGGACGUCAGCUCCGAUGCCGCUCACUUUAUGGUUUCAACGAUGAUCCGAAAGCUCUUGGACAAAUACCCCGUGUCCCUGGACAUUAGGGAACAAGGAAAAGUUAUUUUGCGACUGCGUGAGGUGGAGCGAAGAGUCUCCAUGCCCCAAGGAACAGACCUGAAGACCAAAGACCUCAAAACUAAAGCUAAAGAGGUGGCUAAAAGUCUCCGGGAAGAGCUGGGACACAUCUCCUCUGCCCUUCCCCAGAGCAACUGGUUUGUGGAGGCAGCUGUGAGAAAUCUGAACAUCCAGCUCCAAGACUUCGACGAGGACCGAGGCCGACGACCAGGACGCUAA